CCUCUGUCACGUACCUGGAAAAGGCUAUAUUGCUACACAACCAUACCGUGUAAACAUGACCCAAGAAAAGCUUUUACCAGAGAAUAGAAGCAACUAUAGGGACUUAAUGUUAUUAUAACAUAUCCGAGUAUCUGCUUGUAUGAGUGAGGUGUGUCCACCGUGUACCCGUCUGACUCUUGCAGAAUAGGCAGAGGACUUGGAGGCCUAUUGUGAGUGAUGCUGAAGAACGUGGCAUGCAAAGCGACGGGGAGAGAAGGGUCUGAUUAAGAGCUCGUUUGGACUCUAUAAUCCUGUUGGGAUCUUAAACGGAUGCAGAUUUCGUUUUUUCUGUGAGUGUGAAGUUGCGGACUUCGAGUUGAGUUUGUGUUGUGGCGUGUGAUUUGGAGUUGAGGAGGAUUCUCACAGAGGCGAUUGAGUGAAAAUUUGAAUUGAUCGGGUGAAGAUGGCAUCCGAGGCUUGCUGCACUCCUGCGCCGCCUGCUGAGCACCAUGAGGAGGGACAAUCUGUGAAGUUUGCAGGCUUGGAUGCAUACGUUAAUCCCGGUCCUGCGGGCGCAACAGCUGCGCUUGUUCUCGUCAGCGACAUCAUGGGAUUUGAUCCACCCCUUCUGAGAAAACUUGCUGAUCGAUGCGCCGCUGAGGGCUUUUAUGUAGUCGUUCCCGAUUUGUUUAGGGGCGAUCCCUUCCAGCCUCAGGAUAUGAAGAAUCGUGCGUCCCUUAUUCCAGCUUGGGUUGCUAAACAUCCUCCGACUGAUUUAACAGAUGUAAAAGCUGUCAUCAACCAGCUAAAGGAGCAGGGCUUUCAAAGUAUUGGUGUAACUGGCUGCUGCUGGGGAGGAAAAGUAGCUAUACUUUUGGCGAGUGAAGAUCCGUCACUCAUUAAUGCGGCUGUUUUGUUUCAUCCAUCUUUCGUAAAUCAUGAUGACGUUCACGCAUUCAAAGUGCCCGUCCAAUUUAGUAUCCCUGAAACUGAUCAGCAAGUAACUGCCGAAAAAGCUGAGGAAUUCAAGACUAUUCUUUCUUCCAGACCAGAGGUGGCAAGCUCCUUCAAGAUCUUUCCUGGAAUGGUACAUGGCUGGGCAAUUAGGUACGAUGUAAAUAGUCCUGAGCAGGUGAAAUCUGCCCAUGAAGCCCAUGAUGACAUGAUAAGCUGGUUCAAGCAGCACCUGAAGGUGUAAAAGUCCUAAAUACAUCAGUGGGAGUUCUGUUCAUCAUUUCACACCCGUGGAGAUGUAUCAGAAGUUCGCAAAUGUAUACCUAGGUAUACCAAAAAAGAUCUGAGAACGUCUAUUUCCAGCAGACAGUGAAGCAAACUCGCUAGUAUUGAGGCCUGAAUGAUAAACUUGAAAAGUUUUAAACAAAUAAUAAAUUUUGUACACUACAUAACAUAA